UGGCCGGGGCGGCCGGGGCUGCGCCUGUCAGCGGGGCGGCGGGAUGGCGGCGCUGUACGCCUGCACCAAGUGCCACCAACGCUUCCCCUUCGAGGCGCUCAGCCAGGGCCAGCAGCUCUGCAAGGAGUGCCGGAUUGCACACCCCAUUGUUAAAUGCACUUAUUGCAGGACUGAAUUCCAGCAGGAAAGCAAAACCAACACAAUCUGCAAGAAGUGUGCUCAGAACGUGAAGCUCUAUGGCACACCAAAACCCUGCCAGUACUGCAACAUUAUAGCAGCCUUUAUUGGCAACAAGUGCCAGCGUUGCACAAACUCCGAGAAGAAGUACGGCCCCCCCCACUCCUGUGAGCAGUGCAAGCAGCAGUGUGCCUUUGAUCGCAAGGAUGACAGGAAAAAGGUGGAUGGAAAGCUGCUGUGCUGGCUCUGCACCCUCUCCUACAAACGGGUCCUGCAGAAGACCAAAGAGCAGUGCAAACACCUCAGCAGCUCUUCCCGGGCAAGCCUGCAGGAGAAGGAGCAGUACAGCAGGCUUAGCAGUGGCAGCCACUACAACAGCCAGAAAACCUUAUCCACCUCUUCCAUUCAGAACGAAAUCCCAAAGAAGAAAGCCAAGUUUGAUGCCAUAUCUGCCAAUGGUGACAGUUUUUCUCCGGACCUGGCUCUGGACUCUCCCGGGACUGAUCACUUUGUGAUCAUUGCCCAGCUGAAGGAGGAAGUGGCCACUUUGAAAAAAAUGCUCCACCAGAAGGAUCAGAUGAUUCUGGAGAAGGAAAAGAAGAUCACAGAGCUGAAAGCUGACCUGCAGUACCAGGAGUCACAGAUGAGGGCAAAGAUGAACCAAAUGGAGAAGACACACAAGGAGGUCAUGGAGCAGUUACAGGCCAAGAACAGAGAACUCCUGAAGCAAGCAGCUGCCCUAUCCAAAGGCAAAAAGCCUGAGAAGUCUGGAGCAAUAACCUCCCCCUAAAACCAAACCCCCCCCCAGUCUGGGAGCUUUCCCCAGCAUUAACCAAGGAGCCCAGGAGUCCUGCCUGAUCUCUGGAAGCUCACACCUCAGUGUUGUCACUCCCCUGCUGCCAUGGACUUGAUGAAAACACUCAGUGUGUGUUGUCCUCCAGCAACUCUGGGUUCCCAUCACUGUUGAACACCAGCUCAUAUCCCAGGGAGAGGUCCCAGCCAUCCUAAAUCCCCCUUUUUUUUUUGAAGUUUGAUUGGUUUGGGUUUGUUUUUGGUUUUUUCCUAACCAGUUCCUCCCACUGCCAACCCUUUCUUGUUAGCAAACAGGAACCUGCUGCAUGAGAGACUCCUGGCUGGUUCCCAACCUGCUGCUGGGAGGCAGCAGCCCUGGAGAAGCCACGAGCUGUGGGUGGGGAGAGCUCCAGUGGAACUGUUCCCUCCUCAAAAGGAAAUCACCAGCCCAACAGAUGUUACUGGAAGGUUGUGCCACUGCUGAGAACAGUUGCUCAGCUUUUUGAAGAUGCUUCCAAAAUGGGGGCUAUGGUAUUUAUCUUGGAAGGGUUUUUUGGUUUUAGUUAUUAUUUUGUUUUGGUUUUCUUCUUCUUUUUUUGGUUUUUUUCCUAUCAGCUUGGCAAACCCAACCCUCCUGGCUUUGUGUGUUCUUGUUUUGUUGUGACAGCUUUUGGGUUGGGAGCCAGAGUGGAACCACACAAACCCAAACCCCUCUGCCUGUCCCCCCACCCCACGGUGACUUGGUGACCUCUGGGGCUUUGAUGACUGGGUGUGAUCAAGCAUCUUUUACUCCUUUUCUUCAGAGUUCAAGGCUUGGAUGUUCCCUCAGAUCCAAUUCCCCCUUUCCCUGCCCCAUUCCUUCUUUCCUUCCAGCUGCAGAAGCCAGGUUGGCUCCAGGGAAGAGCUUACUCAGGCAGCCACCCAAGCCAUGGAGCAUUUCUUGGGGCUCUCCAGGGACAUUUCUCAACUGCUGCUUCAAAAGCCAGCAGGAUAAAAGGGCUAUGACAGUUCCCUGGAACAGGGACGUGCUCCUCAGAACCAGCACAGAGCCCACAGAACCCUCCAGCUCCCCCCAAGGCUCUCGGGGUGGAUGGAAGCAGAGGGAUCAGAAGCACUUGGCAUCCAGCACCCAACUCCUCCAUCCAGGAGGGGAAAAAAACAGCUCAGGGUUUGGAGACCCUCAGGGUGGAGGAGCAGGGGGUGAAGCUUUAGUCUGGAGCAGCUCUGGAGGUAGGUAGUGAAGUUGUCCUGUUGGAUGCAGGGCUGGCUGCUCUGUCAGGGCUUUUAUUAAGAUUUUAACUCGAGAUUGUGAUGUUUUUCAUCCUUUUUUUUUCUUUUUUUUUUUUUUUUUUGUGGUAAUAAAGAUAACUUUACUCAAAGGCACUUUUUUUGGCUGAUGCUGGCUUCCAGCAUGGAAGGAGCACACUGCAGCAUCACUCUGCCAUCUGGGAUUUUUCUUUAUUGUUGUUCCUUUGUUUUGGUUUGGUUUGUUUUUUUUUUUAAAGAGAUUUCUGAUGUGAAAACAAGAGGAAAAAAGAAAAAAAAAAAAAAUGGUUACACUUUUUUCCAGAGUGUGACAGCAGAAAAAAUACCUAAUUUUAUACUUCAGAUGUUUUUAGCAAAUGAGGUGCAUUGGUGGGGGGUUUAAAAGUGGGGGUUUUGCUUUUCUGCUUCCCUCCAGAUCCAGAAAUGAAGAGAGGGAGGAAGGCCCUGCAGACACUAUUAUGGGAUGGGGUUUUGUGUUUUUUUUUUUUUUAAUUGUGAGAAAUCUGACCAUCCAGUUGAGUAGCUGAGGGUUUGUAGUAAUAACAUUGUUUCUUUGUAUGUUUGUAAUAAGGGAGAUUUUCAAAGGGAUGCUUUGAUUUGUACAAAACUCUGAGGACUGUAAAAAUGUUUUAAAA